CACAGCUUCAGUAGGUAGUUGCUUGGGCGCACCACAGGUGCCAUGGCUGGUGCGUUGGAUACCCGGCUCUCCUUCCUGAAUUCUCAUGGAGGUCCCGGCUCUCGAAAGCAGCAUGACCUGCGAGGAGUCCAUCCUCUGGCACCUUUGCGCUGUUCUUCGCUGCCAACGAUGAACAUUCCGGCAGGGCAUUCUCACAAGCUGGGAAAUCAUCUCGGCUUGCAGGCCUACGCGAACUUGCGCGGCCCCUUCGUUGCACGUCGAGACGUUCCAAUUCAUCCCAAGAAUCCACGCUGCACAGAGCGAGAGAUCUACAAAGCCAAAGUUGAGGAAGUGUGGAUCAUGCCGGAACGCAUCCGACCCGAAACUCUGCCUCCAGCCGGACAAAUCAAGGAGAGGCGACAAGGAAAGCGACUUAUUGGUGAGAACACCAACACCUUAAGUCAUGUAGAUACCUUGAUUUGGGACACUGACAUCGACGGGAGCGACGGCAUCUUGCGCCAGACUGACUCAGUGAUCUACAAGGGAGCUGCAGGUCUGAACGCCAAGGCGGAACGAACCCCGAUCUAUGGCCAUUUGCCGCCCACCUGUUCUCGAACAUUUGGCGAGGUGCCUUACCAAAUUCAAGGACCACUGGCAGAAGGGGGCACCUGAGCCUCCAGGGCCUGAGAAUUCACUGGGUGUUGGGACGGACCAUCGAAUCAGUGAAGACUUCUUCGACCAAAGGCCAGCCUGGCACCACGACGUCCUGUCUCAGCAAUGGCUGAGCAUGGCAGUUGUAUUUCAAACAGAACGCUGUUUACAUAUCUCAAUAGAGUCAAUGAGAGCAGUUGAAAU